CUCUUUCCUUUCAAAAUGACAGAUGCUGCUGUGUCCUUUGCCAAGGACUCCCUGGCGGGUGGAGUGGUGGUGGCCAUCUCCAAGACCACGGUAGCGCCCAUCGAGCGGGUCAAGCUGCUGCUGCAGGUGCAGCAUGCCAGCAAGCAAAUCACCGCAGAUAAGCAAUACAAGGGCAUUAUAGACUGUGUGGUUCGUAUCCCCAGGGAGCAGGGAGUCCUGUCCUUCUGGCGCGGUAACCUGGCCAAUGUCAUCAGAUACUUCCCCACCCAGGCCCUCAACUUCGCCUUCAAAGAUAAAUACAAGAUCUUCCUGGGUGGCGUGGACAAGAGAACCCAGUUUUGGCGCUACUUUGCAGGGAAUCUGGCAUCGGGUGGCGCCGCUGGGGCCACAUCCUUGUGUUUUGUGUAUCCUCUGGAUUUUGCCCGUACCCGUCUAGCGGCCAAUGUGGGCAAGGCUGGAGCGGAAAGGGAAUUCCGAGGCCUUGGUGACUGCCUGGUUAAGAUCUACAAAUCUGAUGGGAUUAAGGGCCUGUACCAAGGCUUUAAUGUGUCUGUGCAGGGCAUUAUCGUCUACCGAGCUGCCUACUUCGGUAUCUAUGAUACUGCAAAGGGCAUGCUUCCGGAUCCCAAGAACACUCACAUCUUCAUCAGCUGGAUGAUCGCACAGUCCGUCACAGCGGUUGCCGGGUUGACUUCCUAUCCCUUUGACACUGUUCGUCGCCGAAUGAUGACGCAGCCAGGGCGCAAAGGAACCGACAUCAUGUACACACGCACGCUUGACUGCUGGAGGAAGAUUGCUCCUAACGAAGGGGCCAAAGUUUUUUUCAAGGGGGCGUGGUCCAAUGUUCUCAGAGGCAUGGGUGGUGCCUUCGUGCUUGUCUUGUAUGAUGAAAUCAAGAAGUUCACAUAAGUUAUUUCCUAGUUUCUUCCC